GUUUUUGUUAUUGUACACGUUGUUUUUGAUGUAAACAAACCAUUCAUUUUUAUUAUUUUCUGUUAUUGUUUGUUGAUAAUUAACAAAUUUUUAGAACUUUUCUAGUAAUUAUCAAUGAAAUUUACUCUAAUAUGUAAUACCUCUGGUAAAUGUCAGAAUUAAUUGAAACUUGCUGAUGGAAUGACAGACCAUAACCGCACUUAGUUUUUUUUUUUUUUAAACUAUUUGAAUUUGUAAAUAUAUUUUAAUUAUCAUGAGCUGUAAAGUAAGACAACUGGUCCAUAAAAAGGUUGCUGAAUGUCUACAUCAAGUGGACUGUGUAAAAAAUGUACAAGCAUCGAAUUUAAAAUUGAAGCACAAUGUGGAAGGGGGAUUUUCCUUUAAAUUACCAUUGAAAAAUAAUGAAUACGACGUUCUCACGUCAACUGCGGGCAUAAUAAAUAAUACUGAUAAUUAUGUGAAGAAUAUUGAACACGGACAGAGGGAGAAUAACAAGUGGAUGUUAUUUCAAUUGCACAGGGAUCCUUACGUUAAGAAUGCUUUAGAAAAUAAUGCCAAAGAAAUAUCGCCACCUGUUAAUCAGGAUACAAAAAAAAUUGUAGUAGAAUUCAGUUCUCCAAACAUUGCAAAACCAUUUCAUGUUGGUCACUUGAGAUCGACAAUAAUUGGUAAUUUUAUAGCAAACGUUAAUCAAUAUUUAAACAACAAUGUUACGAAAAUAAAUUAUUUAGGCGACUGGGGAACACAAUUUGGUUUCAUUCAAAUUGGACGUGAAUUAGGAAAUAUUUCACAGUCAAGCCUUAAGAGUGAUCCGAUGAAUAAUUUAUACAAAGCUUAUGUUCACGCGAAUAAUUUGAGUCUUGAAGAUCCGAGUCUACUUGAAAAAGCGAAAGAUAUUUUUCGUAAAUUAGAAGAAGGUGAUGAUGAAAUUUUAAAGGAUUGGGAAAUUUUGAGACGUUGUACAGCUGAUGAAUUGAAAAAUACUUAUGGUAGAUUGGGUGUUACAUUUGAUGAGUAUCACUGGGAAUCUAUGUAUAAUGCGAAAAAAUUGAAACCACUUAUUGCUAAUUUAGAGCAAUUGAAAUUAUUGACAACUGACAGUGAAAAUAGGAAAGUUAUUUGUAUAAAUGAGAAAAAUGUUCCUCUUUUGAAAAGCGAUGGUACGACAUUGUAUUUAAUACGAGAUAUUGCAGCAGCUGUUGAUAGAUUUAACGAAUAUGAAUUUGAUUCCAUGUUUUAUGUUGUGGACAAUUCACAAAGUGAACAUUUUUCAAAAAUAAAAAAAUGCCUCGAACUUAUGCAAUAUCCGUGGUCGAAUAGAAUUGAACAUGUGAAAUUUGGAAAAAUUAGAGGCAUGAGCACGAGGAAAGGAACGGCUGUAUUUUUAACUGAUAUUCUAGAUGAAACGAGAUUAGUUAUGAGAGAGAAACAAAUGCAAUCUCCAAAUACGAAAGUUUCUUUGGAUGUGAUUGAUGAAAGUACGGAUAUUCUUGGCGUUUCGGCAGUCAUCAUUAAUGACUUGAAACAAAAACGAAAUCAAGAUUAUAAUUUUGAUUGGAACAAGGCUUUAGAUUUUAGAGGCGAAACAGGUGUUAAAUUGCAAUACACUCAUUGCAGACUAGAGAGUUUGAUUGAGAAUAAUGAUAUUGAAACAGCAGUGGAAUGUAAUCCGGAAAUAUUAAACGAAGCAAUUGUCGAUGAAUUGGUACUUAUUUUUGGCCUUUUCGACGAAAUGUUACUCAAAUCACACGAAAAGAUGGAAGCAUGUAUUUUUGUGAAUUACCUAUUUCGUUUAAGUCACGUUAUUAACAAAUGCGUAGUUUCGUUGAGAGUUAAGGAUGAAUCGCCGGAAAUCGCUGCACAACGUUUACUUCUCUUCAAAGUGGCGAAAAACUUUCUUGCUCAGGGAAUGAAACUAGUGGGAUUGACUCCAUUGAAAAGAAUGUGAAUUUUCUUCUGGCUCCUUCUUGACCAGGUUUCUUUCGUUCCCUUCUUCUCCAGUCCCUUGUCAAAAGACCGGCUGACAAAUAAAAAAAAGGAUUUUAGCAUUUGAAAUUUGAAAAUUAAUUAACAAAGUUGGAAAUUGAAAUAUAAAUUCUAUU